GGGAUCGAACCCACAACCUCAUGGUUCCUAAUUGGAUUCGUUAAUCACUGAGCCACGACGGGAACUCCUAAAGUGGCGUUCUUUGACCUCUUGGAGUUUCCCACCAUGAAUCUGGCUCCUGAGCCUGCAAGCUAUGUGAUGCCCAAGACCCAGCCUUGGACUUUGGCAAGUUCUUCCAGGCUGGUGCCAAGCUGGGAGCCUCUAGGAGCCUGUGGGAGCCUUCCAUACAGCUCUCUGACUCUACAUUUCAGGGUGUGGGCUCAGGGCAUUCACAACAUUCCUGCCACAGAAGAGUUUCGGGAACACCCCACAUCGGAUCUGGGUGACUUGAAUAUAAUCUCAGGCAGUUAUGUCUGAGAUGUGGUUGUAAUCGAGAAAGCUUAAGCCUAAUUAAUUUUAUUUCACUUAACUUGAAGAAAGAGCAUGUGAAAGAAGGGGAUCGAAGGAAAUCUAUAAAUUAUAAACCCAAAAGCAUGGGUUUCACAGAGUUCUUUGGUCUUGGCCAGAAUCUGGAGACACCAACUCUGGUGUAUAUCAGCCUUGCGGUAACUGGAGAGAGACACUCUUUUGGAGGAAACAGAGCAUUCGUUCCUCUAAAACUCGAAUGAAGGAAGAUUAGCCCACUUUCGACUGCAAUUUGAUUUAGUGCUCAACAGGCAAACUUCUGAUUAAUAGUUAGACUUCUAAAUCACUUGUGUUAACACAACAGUGUAAAUCAACUAUACUCCAAUAAUUUUUUUUUUAAGUUUUUAAGGUUAAAAAAAAAAAGAUAAAUCGCUUUUGCUAUAUUCUCUCUAUGGUAAAUUAAUAAAAGACCUUCUGGCUUAUACAUCUACUUUUUAUGAGUUUGGUUAAUAUGAGUUGGUGCCUCAAAUCUGCUCCAUUGACAACACUGAAUUUCAAGAUGAGGAAAAUUGAGGACGAGAUUACAGACAGUGUGACCCCUUCAACAUUUUGUCAGUCUGUGACUAGACAGCCAGCUCCUCUCUAGAACAUGUUUAUCUCACUGUAUUCCUCAAACCACAACACUUCUAAUUCAUUGUCAUAACUCUUCAGAGCAGCCUGCUUUCUUGGAGAUCUGAGUUGUUAGAAUAUUCUUUCUCAAACUGAAAUGAAAGCUUUCACCACAUAACUUCUACCUACUGGUUCUUUCCCAAAAUAUAACAAGUGUUUUUGUGUGCCUAGGCUCCCUAUCCUCAGUUUCUCGAAAAGAACUUGACCACGAUGGAGUCCAGCUGUCUCACCUCCCUUCUGCUUUCCUUCUAGCUUUCCAGAGCCUUUCUCGAAAACAUGAUCUGCCCCCCCCAUCUGAUCGGUCCACUGGCACUAUUAUUUUUGAGACACAGCAAAGGUCUGUUACUUCUUGUAGCAGCUGCAUCUCACUGUUGGCUCGAGUGCUUCAGAUAAAAACGCCUUCGUCUCAAGGCAUUUCCCCCUUUCUUUUGGAUUCGAAGCUGUUGGAAUGAGAUACACACUGGUUGUGCGUGGACUAUGGACAGACGUUCCCAGGGACAACUUUGAGAGGCCACGUGCUCGCCCCCCUUAGGAGGUGGGAAAAAUCCCUGCAGCUCCGUUUUGUUCCAAUGGUCUGUUCAGUGAGUGAUUCCCGUUUCCCCAAAGGCUGCCCCUCAUUAGCAUGAACGGGGGUGGGGGUGUGGAGAAGGGGUGGGGGGAGAGAAAGAGCAAAAGCCCAGGCUCAGUUUUAGAGCCUGGGAACCGUGUCUACAAACAUGACAGCUAGAGCUUUCUGGCUCCUCUGUUUGAUCGUUGGAUCAUCUCCCGAAGCCCCAGUGGCGGAGAGAAAAGCCUCGUCGCCCCACAACAGGAAGCCCGACCCCGGCGGCGGCCCGAGCGCUGAAGAGACACCGGGGCCCCGGGCGCAGCCGGUCCCCGAAACCCAACGGCGGCCGCGCGCAGCCGACGCCGCUCCCCGCGCCUGGUCGGACCUGCGGCGCCGGAAGCCCCCCACGCCCGCCGAGAACCGGGCCGGCUUCCGGGAGGCAGCGCGCGCGGCCGCCGACCCGCCGAGCCCGCGCCUCGCGCAGGCCGAGAACCGCGCGUCACCGCGCCGCGUGCCCGCGCUGGACGACUCCCCGCGGCGCGCGCGCUCCCGGCACCUGCGCCUCCCGGCCGCGCGAGCUCCCGCGCGCGCCGCCGAGGCCCCCGCCGACCCCGCCUACCUCAACCGGCCGCGCGCCGCCGCGCCGCUCCCGGAACCCGCGCCCGCGCCGCCGCCGCCGCGCCCGCCGCGGACGGAGGACGCCGAGCCAGGCGCCGAGCCCUGCGCGCGCGCCUGCGGGGCGGACCUGGACGUGCGCGAGUCCUACUGCGCCAGCGAGUUCGGUGAGCCCCGCCCGCCGCUCCUCCCGGGCCCGGACGGCCGAGCCCCGGCCGCGGGGAGAGCCUUUCCGAGCCGAGGGAGUCGGGCUCAGCAGUGA